AUGGAUCCUGUCGAGCUGGAAGCUACCUACACUGAGGAAGGAAACAUUAGCUACGCCUAUGGCGAGAACGAUGACGACGAUUACCCGGGCAGCGAGGAUAACCAGAGUGGUGAAGACGGAGACGCCAACCGCGAAAGUGAUGACGCCGAUGAAGCUCUCAACAAUGCUUCGGUAGAUGACAUGGAUAGCGAGCUUAGCGACGAUGUAGCCAGCGACAGCUCCCCUAUUGCAUCUAGUGAUGAUGAAUGGGAAGACGAAGAAGAAGCAGGAUCUGAGACUAUCAGCGUGGAAAACAACGACAGCGGCUCAGAUGGCGAGGCCAAAUUGAUCGAUGAAGAAUUUGUCGACACAGUGAGCGACAAGAGCAGCUUGGACAGUGAAGCAAAUAAUACGAGCGAAGAAGGAGCUACGGUGACUACCGCAGCACGGUUUGUAGGAGAGAUCGUCAUAUACGACAAGGAAAGCACUACAUACCAAGAGCACGACAACAUCUCAACAAGUGCGCGAACUGCUUCGAGGGGUUGGGCGCAAUCCCUGAAAGGACAGAGUGCUAGAAGUCCUCCAGCUCAGACUACGCACCAAGCAUAUCAGCCGAUCAACAAUGACCAACCGAAGAAUACAUACCAAUCGUUCAACAACCAUCGGACUGCCGACGAGAACCGGAAGAAGAUUCCACGAUCUCUUCCUGAAACACCGACCCUGCUAGACACAUCGAGCCUCCAUCAAAGUCAAACAUCAGCUGGUGUGCAGAAGCCCACAGGCUCAAAGAGAUCAGCGUUCAAAAAGCUGAAAGAUACCGUUCUCAAAAGCACCAUUCCCGGGACCACUGAGGCGAGCUCCAUGAUCUGCAGAAAGUCUAAAGGCAAACAGAUCAAACUACCUGUUCAGACUACACGUCAUCGAGCACCAGAAAAAAUGAGGAAGUCUGAAUUCAGCAAUGAUACCGAUGGGAUUCACGAGCUGUACGUUCCUGAUGAAUCAGCUCAGCCGAUGAAAGUCACCAAAAUGCCUGAAUCAGCGAAACACUCUUCUGUGGUCCACGAGAUGGAGAGUAUGCCCGUAGUAACUGCCACUCACAGUGCCAGCAAGACAAAGCAACAGCCUAUGAUCCAUGAACUGGAAGAAGCUCUCGCUCACGUUCACUACAAUUCAAAGCAAAACUUUACGAUACAUGAACUGGAUGCAGUCAUCGGUCAGACACCCAAAAUCACCAGGAAGUAUUCUACAGUUCAUGAACUGGAUAGCGGUGCUAUAGUAUCUGCCGGCCUGGUUCCGUCCAGAACAAAGAAGCAACCUGUGAUUCAUGAGCUGGAGGGAGUCGCCAGGCGUGUUCCCAAGAACAGAAAGCCUCAACCUACGGUCUGUGAGAUGGACGGUAUGCCUGUGAGGUUCGCCAAGCACCUGUCUCAGAAGACUGGGCAACAAUCUCCACUCUACGAAAUGGAAGACAUACCUAUGGCAACUACCAACCGUACCCCAACGGAGCCCAAGGACCGUACAACGACCCAUGAACUAGAUGCUGGGUGUGAGGUAGCCUCCAGCCACACUACUGGCAAUAGCAGGAAACAACCCUUGUUUGGAAUGGAUGGCGCACUACUUACGAAUAGCAUCCCAAUUUUCUCUCGCACCAAUUCCCCUUCCAUAGCAGCCAGCGACACAUCAGAACCCUGGAUACCUACCAGCUUCUCCAAUCCUCCUAAGAUUCUUCUCAAUGGUAUUUUCGCUGGAGUGCUGAUGCGGCACAGAAACUCUACAAGGAGUAUGUUUGAUCAUGACUCGCACGUAAUCAUUGGCUUCAGCCUGAUGGAUAAGUACGCCAAAGAAUAUGUGGAGGUUGGGAUGCAAAAGUACAAGACGUCCAAGGAGGGUUUCACACUGUGGUGGAAGCCUUACUCGCCAUCGGCGGACUACUAUGAUAGCGAUGACGAGGAUGAGUGA